AAUGAGGGAGCUCAUUGCAGCCCUGAGCUCAGGCCCAUUGCAGAUGCAGAGAGAGCCUUCCAGAGUGAGUGACAGCUGUCAAUCUGGAUGGGAGGGAAGCCUUUGCUGGACCGGCACCAUGCCCUGCUUGGCCAAGGGACCGAGGAGGAGAUGGAGAUAUUUGGCUACAAGACCCAGGUCUUCCGGAGGGCCCUUUGCAUUGCUGGCUACCUCUUCUCCUGCGGAGCCCUUCUGCUCCUCUUCUACUGGAAGCCAAACUGGGAUGUCUGGGCCAACUGCGUUCCCUGCAACCUGGAGGAGGCCGAUAUUGUAUUGUUACGGGCAACAACAUGUGCCCAGUUCCUUGGAGGUUGCAUGCAUGACUUUUUCUCCUAG